GGAAGUGCUGCGCGGGAGGCGGAAGCGGAUGGUUCCCGCGUGGUUUGGCGGGUGCAGCGGGAGUCCGGCGGCCCUGCCCACGUAGACUGUCUGCUGGGGGCGCCGGCACCUUUUGGAGCACGUGAGUCAACAGUCUCACUCUGUGGCCCAGGCUGGAGUGCAAUGGCUCACUCCAAACUCUGCUUUCCCGGUUCAAGCGAUUCUCCUGCCUCAUCUCGCAAGUAGCUGGGAUUACAGGCGGGUGCCAUCACUCCUGGCUAAUUUUUGUAUUUUUAGUAGAGACGGGCUUUCACCAUGUUGACCAGGCUGGUCUCGAACUCUUGACCUCAGGUGAUCCUCCCACCUCGGCCUCCCAAAGUGCUAGGAUUACAGGAAGAAAAAUGUCUGAAAAGCAGAUGAAGGAAGCUUUUGUCAGUAACCUCAAUGGAACCACCGUGCUGGAAAUCACCCAGGGAUUGUGCUUUCCUGCAUUCUGUAUCCUGUGCAGAGGGUUCCUGAUCAUUUUCUCACAGUACUUGUGUUCUUUUUCACAUACCUGGAAAACUAGAUUCUUCAUUGACUUUGUUGUCCUAAUAGUUCCCAUGGUAGCCACUUUGACCAUUUGGGCUUCAUUUAUCCUCCUUGAGCUUCUUGGUGUAAUUAUCUUUGGGGCAGGGCUGUUGUAUCAAAUAUACCGAAGGAGGACCUGCUAUGCCAGACUGCCUUUCCUAAAAAUCCUUGAAAAAUUCUUGAACAUCAGUCUAGAAUCAGAAUGCAUUCCAGCCAUCUCCUGUUUCCGUGUAAUUACCAGUGCAUUUACUGCUAUUGCUAUUUUGGCUGUGGACUUCCCACUUUUUCCCAGAAGAUUUGCCAAAACUGAGCUCUAUGGGACAGGAGCAAUGGAUUUUGGAGUAGGUGGCUUUGUUUUUGGGUCUGCAAUGGUUUGUCUAGAGGUCAGGAGGAGAAAAUAUAUGGAAGGGUCCAAAUUGCGUUACUUUACAAACUCACUAUACUCUGUAUGGCCAUUAGUCUUCCUAGGAAUCGGACGAUUAGCCAUUAUAAAAUCAAUAGGCUAUCAGGAACAUUUAACUGAGUAUGGAGUUCACUGGAACUUUUUCUUUACCAUAAUAGUUGUGAAAUUGAUAACACCACUGCUUUUGAUUAUUUUUCCCCUAAAUAAGUCCUGGAUUAUUGCCCUCAGCAUUACUAUAUUAUACCAGCUAGCCCUUGACUUUACCUCACUGAAGAGGUUAAUAUUAUAUGGCACUGAUGGUAGUGGCACACGGGUUGGUCUAUUAAAUGCCAACCGUGAAGGAAUAAUCUCUACCCUGGGGUAUGUGGCAAUACACAUGGCUGGUGUGCAAACAGGGUUAUACAUGCAUAAGAACCGAUCACAUAUCAAAGACUUGAUAAAAGUAGCCUGUUUUCUUUUACUAGCAGCUAUUAGCCUCUUCAUAUCUCUUUACGUAGUUCAAGUAAAUGUAGAAGCAGUAUCUCGAAGAAUGGCAAAUUUAGCCUUUUGUAUUUGGAUAGUUGCUUCUAGCCUGAUCCUUCUUAGUAGUUUAUUACUGGGUGAUAUAAUUUUGAGUUUUGCCAAAUUUCUAAUUAAUGGAGCUCUAGUACCAUGUUCUUGGAAACUUAUCCAGUCACCUGUUACAAAUAAAAAGCAUUCAGAAUCUUUAGUCCCUGAAGCUGAAAGAAUGGAACCCAGUCUUUGUUUAAUCACAGCUCUAAACAGAAAACAGUUAAUAUUUUUCUUGCUGUCAAAUAUAACAACUGGCCUGAUCAACCUGAUGGUAGAUACAUUACACAGCAGUACCUUGUGGGCCUUAUUUGUGGUCAAUCUCUAUAUGUUUUCCAACUGUUUAAUUGUAUAUGUACUAUAUUUGCAAGAUAAGACUAUACAAUUUUGGUGAUCAGCAGGGGUAGGAUAUGUAAGUAUUUGGGCAAUAUUUAAUGAGGAAUAUUAAUUGUAAAGAAAUUGUGCUUUUGGCAACAGUGUUAACCAUAUUUUAUUAUAAAAUAGUUUCAGUCAUCUGAACAGUAGUGAUGCUUAAUUAUUUUUUUUUUUUUGAGACAGAGUCUCACUCUGUUACCCAGGCUGGAGUGUAGUGGUGCCAUCUCAGCUCACUGCAACCUCCACCUCCCAGGUUCAAGCAAUUCUCCUGCCUCAGCCUCCUGAGUAGCUGGCACUGUAGGCAUGCACCACCAUGCCCAGCUAAUUUUUGUAUUUUUAGUAGAGAUGGGGUUUUGCCAUAUUGGCCAGGCUGGUCUCAAACUCCUGAACUCAAGUGAUACACCCACCUUGGCCUCCCAAAGUGCUGGGAUUACAAGUGUGAGCCACCACACUGGGCCAAUGCUUAAUAUUUUAAUGUAUCUCAACAAUAAAACCAAGAAGAAACAAAGCCUUUUGACUUGUUAGAAUGUAUUAAGUAGUAUUUUAAAGAAACUUUAUAGUUGUGACAUUGAAAGACUUGGGGUGGGGGGAGGAAAAUUUUUACUUUCCAUCUUAAUGUAACCUUAUGCUAUUCUGUAUUUUUACUGUAUAUUGCUUUUACAAUAAAUAUAAAAUGAAAUGUUUAUGUUGACAUUUCAGUGUGAACUG